GUUUAUACAGAAGUUCAAACUUCAGACACCCUAGAGAGAGAAAAUCAGCGAGGGACAAUGGCGACGGCGGAGAACAAGUCCCCCUUCAUAGAACCACCAGACGAGCUCCGGUGCCGGCGGAGUGACGGCAAAUCAUGGCGGUGCCAUCACUGGAGGAUUCACGACAGCAGCUUAUGCGAGGAGCAUUACUUUAAUGCCAGGGCCAAGUCCUUGAAAUAUCAAAAACCAAACAAACCCAACGCUUCUUCAGCUUCAGCGCCACCAAUGCACCACGGUGAAGAGAACAACCAACGAGCUGUUCGGGCCACGCGCCGCCGGAGUCAGAAACCGAAGAGAUUUCGCGAAGAAGAAGAGGAAGCGUCUCUUCCUGAGGUAAAUGCUCAGGUGAAACGAAAAUGUCGAAAGGAGGAAGAGGAAGACCCUGAAGGAACGGUGCUGCUACUAGACAGGAGGGUCAGGGUCAGAGAGAAGAUCAAGAAAUUGCUUCAAUCGAUUGAACGUGAAGAAGGAGAAGAAGGAACAAUGACGAGAAGGAGAAGCUUUUCCUCCAGAAAUGAUCAGAAACUGUCUUCUUCGUCCAAGAGUGAGAAGAAAUCGAGUGUUCCUCUUCCUCGGUCGUGUCAUCAGUGUCAGAAGAAUGAUAACAGGGUUGUUCGCUGUCAAAACUGCAAUGCCAAACGCUUCUGCGUCCACUGUAUUCGGAGAUGGUAUCCGCAAAUGUCUGAGGAGGCUAUAGCAGAAUCUUGUCCAUAUUGUCGAGGAAAUUGUAACUGCAAGGCAUGUUUAUGCAGAAAAGUCCCAGCUAUGAAUUCAGGAAAUUUAGGAAUGCCUCUAAAUCAAGAUGAAAAGGUUCAACAUUUGAAGCAUUUGGUGAGAACAUUGUAUCCUUUUCUGGAACAAUUUAAUCACGAGCAGCAGUUGGAAUUGGAGAUGGAAGCAAAAAUUAGAGGUUUAUUGCUUUCAGAUUUAGAAGUAAACCAAACUGUUUGUUUCGCAGAUGAGCGUAUAUAUUGCAACAAUUGCAAAACCUCUAUAAUUGAUUUUCAUAGGAGCUGCCCAAAUUGUUCGUAUGAUCUUUGCCUUACAUGUUGCCGGGAAAUUCGUGUUAGAAGAGUGCCUUUAGAUCUGCACUCAUUCAAGAAAGAAUCACCAGAUAUUUGUCUUGGUUCAGGCUCUAAGCAUGUGUGGAGAGCAAUGAAAAAUGGUGCCAUUUCCUGUCCACCAAAGGAUAAUGAUGGUUGUGGACAUGAAUAUCUUGAGCUGAAAUGCAUACAUUCACAAAAUUGGAUUUCAGAAUUAAAGGAAAAGGUGGCAAGAUUAGUCAAAGUUCAUGGACUAGAAGACGUGGCUGCAGUUUCUGCACAGUGUACCUUGUGCUUCAAUUCACAUGAUGAAAGUGACUCCAUUAACAAGAAGUUGCGGAAAGCUGCCUCUCGAGAAGACUCAAAAGACAACUAUUUGUAUUGUCCUUCUGCUAGUGAUGCUAAAUGUGGGGAUCUGGAACACUUCCAGGGCCAUUGGAUUAAGGGAGAACCAAUUAUUGUUAGGAAUUCUCUUGAGUUAACAUCUGGCUUGAGCUGGGAGCCAAUGGUAAUGUGGCGUGCAAUGCGUGAAUUGACUUACCAUCAUUCCAAACAUUUGAACGUGAAAGCAAUUGACUGCCUAGAUUGGUGUGAGGUUGAAAUAAACAUCCAUAGAUUUUUCAAGGGAUACUCAGAGGGUCGUACUCAUCGUGACUCAUGGCCUGAGGUGCUCAAACUCAAAGAUUGGCCCCCGUCUAAUUCAUUUGAGCGGAAGUUACCACGUCAUGGUAUGGAGUUUAUUAGUGCCUUACCUUACAAAGAGUAUACACACCCUCGCUCUGGUUUUCUUAACAUGGCCACAAAGCUGCCGAAGAAAUCUUUGAAACCUGACUUGGGGCCAAAGACAUAUAUAGCAUAUGGCUUUGCUGAAGAGCUUGGAUGUGGAGACUCUGUGACCAAGCUUCAUUGUGACAUGUCAGAUGCGGUAAAUAUCUUGAUGCAUACUGAGGAAGUGACCCUCAGGUCUGAACAUCUUGCCAAAAUAGAGAAGUUGAAACAACAGUAUGCUGCUGAGGACAGAAGUGAACCUUUUCAAGUUUUGCAGGAAAAAAAUGAUUGUAAGGGGGAAAAUGUUGGGGAUGCGACAGGAUGUAUUAGUCAGCCUAUGCAUUCUGGAAAUUUGCAUAGAGGGCAAGAAUUUGCCAAGGGAGGCGCUGUCUGGGAUAUCUUUCGGAGACAAGAUGUUCCCAAGCUUGAGGAAUACCUUAGAAAUCAUUUUAGGGAAUUCAGACAUUUCUAUUGUUCUCGAGUGGAGAAGGUUUUUCAUCCCAUUCAUGAUCAAGUUUUUUAUCUAAAUUCUCAUCAUAAAAGGAAGCUGAAGGAAGAAUUUGGAAUUGAACCUUGGACUUUUAUACAAAACCUUGGUGAGGCAGUCUUUAUACCUGCUGGGUGCCCCCAUCAAGUUAGAAACAUGAAGUCAUGCAUAAAGGUUGCUUUAGAUUUUGUCUCUCCUGAAAAUAUCAAGGAAUGUAUUCGUCUAACUGAGGAAUUUCGCACUCUUCCAUCAAGCCAUAGAGCAAAUGAAGAUAAACUUGGGGUGAAGAAAAUGUGUCUCCAUGCAUUGAGCCAGGCUGCAGACGAUUUGGAGAAUCUCGUGGAAUGAUAGUAGAGUAGCAGCAUGUAAUUGAGCAGCAUAUAUACAUAACCACGUUUUUGAAGGUAUGCAUAGCCAUGUUGAUAUGUGGAUACCCUUAACCAAUUGCACUUGGAUUCUUAAACUAGAUAGUGCUUGGUGAGGAAAUGAAUGUUAUGCUAAUGAUUGUCCUUUUCCCAUCAUCGUCUUUUUAAAAUGAAGGCUUCGCUCAUUUGCUUUGGUCCCUUGUGCCUUGCAGCAAGUUGUGUAUGAAGGUGGGUUUAGUCUCAAUUAGGUCUCAUGGAUUAUCAUUGAUCACUGACUUCUAAUGGUUUGAUGUUGGCCUACAAGUAAAUAAACUUGCCCUACUUUUCAUUUUUAAAUAAAUGGGAAGUUUAU